CGAUGAUGUAGUUGAGAAUCAGUUCUCCGACUCUAAACCACCACCAAAUCAUGGCUGCCCCAAAGAAUGCCAACGGAAAGAACCCGAAUGCCAAGAAGGCCAGGCUAUAUAACAGCAGAACCAUCAAGACUCAGGUGAAUGACUCCAGUUUUGUGGACAAAGAACGUCUCAACAUUCCUGAUUUCCUCCAGUCUAGAACAUUUGAGAUCAAGUCGUUUGAAUUAUCCCAGUUGAAGACGAAGAAUGCUUCUGCAACCAGAGUGUUUCAAAGCUUGCCCCGUGUUCUUAGAAGAAGAGCUGCUUCCCAUAAUGUUAAGCGCAUCCCAAAGAGAUUGAGAAACCGAUCGUUGAAGGAGAUGAAGAACUCGCUCAAUGGUGUACCACCCAAGACAGAGCACUUGAGAGGGAGACAGUUAUAUCGGUUGAAUACAAGGAAGAAACUAUUGAAAUUGGGUGGGCGAUUGAAGUUGCUCAGAAGCUUACCAACAGACGAUUUCUACAACCAAAAAUUCAAUAUGAGGGAGAAGAUAAAGAAAUUAAAUGAAGAGAUCACGUCUAUCCAAGAGCAAGGGGGCAAUGGUAAAAAUACGGAGAACGUGAAAAAAUUAAACAAUGCUUGUGGAUCUUAUGAUAACACCGGAAUUAACGAAAUUGCUCCCAAACCUAGGGGAAAUAUUAAAUUUCAUAAACGUCAGCAUAAAUUCACCUGGUUGCCUACACACAUCUGGCAUUCCAAAAGGUUUCAUAUGACCAAGCAGUAUGGUUAUCAGAUCCCUUUGACUCCGACCCAAAAGUGUUUCAGAUUAAUGAACCGUCAAAAGAGAUCAGGAACCAUUCUCGUGGAAACCUCAUAUUUGAACUCAUUGGUUUUGGAAAUAAAAGACCAAGAAAAACUCAAGGAAGUUCUCUUGUCAUUGACUAAAUACGUCAAGAAAGUGCCCCAAUCUAUUGUUAAUGGAAAUAAAUCCUACCACGACUGGAUUGAAAUAAAAGGCAAAAAAAUCGGUAAGGGCUUGGUAUACGCUAGUCUUGAAACCUGCAAGAUCCUCAUACGAGUUCAGCCUUGUAUUUACAAAUCCUUAUUCACAGAAUUACAAGAAAUCAUAGGCAGAGAUGGCACAAUCUAUGAUUGUAGCUACUCGUUGGGGAGCGUGGAUCUUAUUGGGCCUACUGCUAUUAACAGCAUAAGUAAAGUUCUUCACCUCUUCAAGGAUACCAAUAAAGAGUUGGUACAGAGCUGGAGUGAGCUAUCAAGAACGAAUGAUUCAAAUGUUGUGCCUAUUGGGACGACCUUGUCUUUCGAUAUCAUGGAUCCAAGGAUCUGGAAACGACCCGUAAAUCUUCCAACCCCAGCUUCUGAGGGAAAUAGUUCUGAUUUUACCAAUGAUUUGAUCAUUAGAUUGAGCCAAUGGAACUCAAGUCUCAUCACCAAGUCUUCCAUUUUUAAUCUUCUUGAACCAUCUGGAAGACACGAUACUUACAAAGACCAAUUUUCAACAAAGGCAAUAAGUCAAAAGUUUUCACAAACAAAGGAUUCCAGUAAUAGCAUCGACCAGGCAUAUCAUGAAAACUCAAGAAUACCCCUUUUGAUAACCAAGGUCUCCAAGUACAAUUGGACAGUUAUUAUGCCAUGGUAUUGGGUAUUGCCCUUGUGGAUCAAGUUGAUAGGAGUGAGGAAUAUCAAGACAGGUGGAUUGAAACAAAUUCAGCAGGCUAACUUUGAGGAAGGAGUUCCAAAUUUUCCCCAGGAUUAUCCAUUUUUGAAGGAUGGCUGGAUAUUUAAUGAAUUGCUAGGUAAAAUCACGAAGGAGAAACAUGAUGCAAAACCGUUAAAUCUCCAGAAUAAGGCAGCACCUGAUCUCAGAGAAGACGAAAUGGUCAUCAGUCCCUUCAAUUGCGACUGGAAUGGCUUGAAAAAUAUAGUAUACCUCACGAAAUACUCAAAGAAAUCAGAAGAGGAACUUAAAACCACUGCUCCUAACUUUGCAACUUUUGAUGAAAAUCUUAAUAGAAUCGUCAAAUCGUACGAUGACAUUGUCCAGAUUGCCAAAACUUUCAAGGCCAGUCUGGAGGGUGUUUCCGUUGUUGAACUAUUCGAUAAGAACAAUCAGUCACAUGCUACCUUCAAUACCCUUGAAGUUUCCACCCUUAAAGAAGUGGUUCAAGGAAGGAUCCCUGUUGCUCAAGUGUCGAUUGAGUUAGUUAGUGGGGGUAAGAUCAAGGACGGGGCUAGAAUUUACACUAAGGAUCACAAAGAAGAAGUUUACCAGCCUUGGUCCUUCAUUCACUUGGUGGGAUAUGUCUCGAGUGGUGCUUUCAAUUUGAGCAAAGGAAAGGACUCAGGAGUAGGGGCAAUUAUUCCUAGUGGCAUAAGUGAUAACGACGAGGUUUUGGUGAGGAAUAUUGGUACUAGCAAGAUGUACACUGCUAAACUCCGUUUUGUGAAGGACUAAUUGAGAGUAUCUCACUUCUAAAUUGAUAUUGUUCACUUCUGUAAUUUAGUAAAUGGAAUAGAUAGAAUCGAUAUAAGUAAUGUAAUAGAUGUGCC